AUGUACUAUGCUGUCAUCCUGAGCUACGUGGUGGGGCUGGGCUGGUUCCUGGCCUUGCCCUGCCAGCCCCUGGCCCCCCGCACCUACAUGUCGGAGAAUGCCAUGGGCUCCACCAUGGUGGAGGAGCAGUUCCUCUUCGGAGAGCGGGCUCUGUCCUACGCCCGCGAGUUUGCCGGGCACAAGAAGAAAGUGGGGGGCAUGCCAGUGGCCUGGCUGGAGAAGACAAUGUGGAGCCUGGGGCUGGAGGUGCACCGGCAGCCCUUUGCCCGCACCCUGCCCUUCCCCGACGAGACCCGCGAGCGAUACAUGGUGAGGGGCACCAACGUGUAUGGCAUCCUGCGGGCGCCGCGGGCGGCCAGCACGGAGGCGCUGGUGCUGAGCGUGCCCUGCAGCGAGGGGCCCCAGAACAGCCAGGCCCUGGGGCUGAUGCUGGCCCUGGCCGCGCAUUUCCGCAGCCAGAUCUACUGGGCAAAGGACAUAAUCUUCCUGGUGAACGAGCACGACCUGCUGGGUAUGGAGGCCUGGCUGGAGGCCUACCAUGAUGUCAACCUGACGGAGGUGCAGUCCUCGGGAUUGCUGGGCCGGGCGGGUGCCAUCCAGGCGGCCAUUUCCCUGGAGCUGAGCAGCGACGUGGUCACCAGCAUCGACGUGGCCGUGGAGGGGCUGAACGGGCAGCUGCCCAACCUUGACCUCCUCAACCUCUUCCAUGCCUUCUGCCAGAAGAAUGGGCUGCUCUGCACUAUCCAGGGCAAGCUCCCACGCCCCGAGGGGGACUCUCUGCCUGCUUACGCCCACAGCCUGCAGAUGCUGCUGCUGAUGGUGCUGGCCCAAGCCUCGGGCUGGCCCCGCGGCGACCACGGGCUCUUCCUGCGCUACCGCAUCGAGGCCAUCACCCUGCGCGGCAUCAACAGCUUCCGGCAGUACAAGUACGACAUGACUACCCUGGGCAAGACGCUGGAGGGGAUGUUCCGCAAGCUCAACAACCUCCUGGAGCGGCUGCACCAGUCCUACUUCUUCUACCUCCUGCCCUCCCUCUCCCGCUUCAUCUCCAUCGGCCUCUACAUGCCAGCCUUUGGUUUCCUCAUCCUCGUCCUUAUCCUCAAGAUAUCCUUUUGGGGCCAGGGAGGCCUGCAGACGCUGCUGCUGAUGGUGCUGGCCCAAGCCUCGGGCUGGCCCCGCGGCGACCACGGGCUCUUCCUGCGCUACCGCAUCGAGGCCAUCACCCUGCGCGGCAUCAACAGCUUCCGGCAGUACAAGUACGACAUGACUACCCUGGGCAAGACGCUGGAGGGGAUGUUCCGCAAGCUCAACAACCUCCUGGAGCGGCUGCACCAGUCCUACUUCUUCUACCUCCUGCCCUCCCUCUCCCGCUUCAUCUCCAUCGGCCUCUACAUGCCAGCCUUUGGUUUCCUCAUCCUCGUCCUUAUCCUCAAGAUAUCCUUUUGGGGCCAGGGAGGGCCAGGGGCGGUGCUGGGCCAGCACGUGGCCACCCAGCACUUCCCCGUGUCCGAGUCGGAAGCCGUGGUCCUCACCGUCAUCGCCAUCUACUUGGCUGGCAUGGCCCUGCCCCACAACACCCACAGGGCGCUGACAGGUGGAAGCAACGACCGGGGCUGGAUGACACUGAAGCUGCUGGCCCUGCUCUACCUGGCGCUGCUGUUGGGCUGUCUCGCCCUUCUCAACUUCUCCCUUGGCUCCCUCCCUGCUGCCACCAUGGUGCCAGCUGCUGCUGCCGUCACCCCCAACGGCCCCAAGGUGCUGCUGGCGGCGCUUCUGGUGGUGGCCACGCCCUUCCUCGCCCUUGGCGCCCACCCCUGCUGGCUGCUGCUCUGGAACGUGCUCUGCUGGAAGUGA